UGCCAGGGGGUGAAUACUUUUGCAAUGCACUGUACUCUACCUCAGAGUACAGUGCAUUGCAAUAGCUAGAGAUUUCCUUAGAUAUCGUGCACGAGCUGUUAUAUACAAAAAUACAUAGUCCGCCGCCCCUUUUCUUACCAGAGGCCGCUGUUCUAUACUGACGGUGCAGCAUUUCACCAACCAGCUGUAUGUUGAUAGUGUCGUCGUUCAGCAUAAGAUAUUACAGUUUUGGUAAAUGUAAUCUUCAGCGUAGGUCAUCUAUUUUAUUGUCCAAAGAUUGCACGUUUGCUAGCAGAAUGGAAGUAAGUGGGGGUUUAUUUGAUCACCUACCAAUUCUCCGAAGGCAGCCCGCCCUCCGGCCCCUUUUUCUCCACCUCCUCUUCACACAAAUCACUGGGAUCUGGGCCUGUUCCCGAGAAAGCAGUAUAUCGUUCGCGUUGGCCUCCUCAGACUCAUUAAAGGGGAAAAAACGACUCUGCCAGUCCGUGGAGAGUAAUCGCAGUCCUGAUGUCCAGAAGUUAUUUUCGGCCAUAAGAGAUGGUAGCAGCAGCAACAUUAUGUACAAAAUAAGUUUUAAAAAUAAGAUAUGAACAAAUAAAUAAGAUAUGAACAAACAAAACACAAUCAGGUACAUCUUGCCAAGUGUAUGUUCUCUACAGAAGGUGUAAACGGUACAGCCAAAUUGUUACUUGCAUAGUAGCAAUAUAAGAAAUAGUGUCAAUAUAAAUCAAAUAAUAUACAGUAUGUACAAGAACAAUAUCAUUGAUAGAUGAGGUAAUAUGCAUACAAUCAGGGGUAAAGUGGCUGAACAGCAGGAUAAAAACAAGUACAUUAGCAGCAACGUAUUGGUGUGUGUGUGUUAGGAGAGAGUCAUUUGAAUAGAGGCGGUGCAGGUGACUGGUCCGUCCAAACCACGCAUGAACAAGGGAAUCUAUAUUCCGAGAGCAUGUUUCUGUCCUGCCCUUGACUUUGGUGCAGGGCAUGUGAUGUCCAUAGCCUCUUCGUCGCAAUACUCCCUGAUCUUCUCAAAAACAUAAGUUUGUCUAGCUGUGUCCAGUCCAGGUGGUGCUUGUACAGGCAGACCAUCUAUGGGAGGAAGGAUGUCAGCGUUGCCCAGCAGCUGAAACCUGGUCCCGACUGAGUCCAAACGCUCCUUUGCGACAACAACACCAGGCUCCAGAGGAUCGAAGCUGUAAAACAGGAAAUAACCCCAAAAAUUGACAAGACAUUAUAACCUUGCACAACAUCAAUUCACCUCCCAAGUUUAGAUGAGAAGAAUAAUAAUCUCAUACAAUGAAGUGCUGGAACUGCCUGAACUGUGGCAGCAGCCUGAAGUAAGUCAGGUGUUGUUGCCAGCCAUAGCUUUCCACCAGCACAGUACCAUCCUCCAGUCCAACCAGCUGUGGGAUGUUGACCCUUGUUGUCCUUCACAACACCAGCAAUCUCAGACAAGGUGUUUACUCUGGUCUUUCUGAAGCGCUGCUUGAUGAGGCCGAAGCACCAGUCGGGGGCAAAUUUGGUGUGGCCUGUGAUCAAAAAGUGAAGGUCCAGACUCUGGUGGAGCUUGUGCAUAGUCCGCCAGGCACAAUACCAGAGAACAAACUUGUUCUUCUUUUGGCCACUGCAGUUAUCACAAUUCAGGUCCACACGUGUUUCCCAAACUCCGUAGUUGAAGAAAUGAUGCAUGUAGCUGGUGACUGUGCUCCUGCCUUUGCUGUAUGACAUGCCUUCAUCAAUCAAGUAGUUGACUUGUUGUGAUAUUCCUUCACAGCAGACACCAAACAAGCCACACUUGCGAGGAGUUAAAAAGUAGAUGGGACCUGGCUGCAUGGGGUCAGAAGGAUAGUGUACCUGCAAACAACAAAAGAACAGUAAGAUAAGUUAAUGAAACGAAAAUGUAACGCAAAUCGUGAUAUUUUUAAUGCAUCAUUAUCAGGAAAGUUUCACUUACCUACAAAUGUGCAGAGUAGCAGCACUGCAUACAGAAACACAAUCUUGGAAACUGGAAGUUAAAACGAUAACACACAGCCCGAUUACACGUACCUCUGGAAAAUACAGAAAUAAUGUGUGCUCAAUAAAAGUAGUGCCAAUCAUGUUUGAGGUCAAUUAAAUAAUCAAAACGUGUUGUUUAUGGUUCAAAUACCAAGUGCUGUCAUCGAUUCCUAGUAGAGAGGCCACACUGCUGCUUUUGUCACAUGGCAUGGCAGCAGCUUUCCACCAAAGUGUUUGUGUCCUGGGUGGCGUCCUGGUAUACUAUUGCAUCAUAUUCUGCGUAGUUGUUGGUUCACCACUCACUGAAAGUUCUCAUGCUUCAGGUGUAACCUGUGCUUACUUGGGACAGCUCUCUUUUUGAUGGGAGGCAUUAGACCAUUCUCCUUGUAUAACUGUUACAGGAGAGUCAGGCGUGUUCUACUGACGCUGAAGGACAAAUUCCAGAUAAAAAACAUUUUGCCAUUAUUAUACAAUACCAUCAGACACACCUGGCUAACUUGAUGGGUCAUGUAAUCAUCUGGCAAAGUUUAGUCUUUUGUUUAGACAUGCUAGCUAAACAAUUAACCAUAAUCCUAAUCCAUAGAGUACUAGCAAUACAAACCGAUUGUCAUAGCUAUCUGAAGUUAACCAAAAAGGUUCAAUGUUAGCUAGUUAUCUAUCUAACAUUAGGCUAUAACUCACAAUGCGAAAUCGCAUUCUGAGAACAUUACUACACACAGAUCAUAUAUGUAAUGUUAGCUAGCGAGCCAGCCAUCUAAUGUCAGCUCGCUAGCUGACCGUAAGCUUGCAAUGAAAACAACUUUCUGACAAAAUUAGAAACAUAUAAUAUCUGAAGCUAGCUGGAUUCUUAUCCAUAUACGUGGAUGAAUGCUUCAUGGCAGACUGCAGCCCCUUUCAUUAAAUAAGACGUCCUGCGUUUCCGUUUAGUUUGAACAGAUUGCUUGGCCCGUUGUUGUGUCAAGUCACUCUGGUUCACACUGACCGUGUGCAAUUGCCAUAAGGAUCAUCUUAAACUUUAGCCCCCACCCAAACUCGGACUAUUUUACUCACCCUAGCAGAGCUGUUUAGGCUGUUUAUAUGUUAUCCAGAGUGUUGGUAGUGUCAACUGUGCUCCUAUAACAAUUUAAUUAUGCUUUUUUUUGCUGACGUUUACUGACACCAGCCAUAUUCAACCGGUGUUCAUAAAUUCAUCAGUUAUUCUGCGCUCUGGCACACUCAGACGAGACUGCUCUGAAACAGCUGUUGCAGUGACAUUCUAUUGAAAUGGAUACUUGCAUAGUGGAGUCUUUUGUUAAGUUUUACUAUGCAAUGCACAAAAAAGCUGCGUUAGACAGGAUUACCUACACAUACUGACCAGCUCAAAUAGACAGAAGCGUGCUAUAUGGCAGACUAAUCCAAACUCAUCUCUCAAACACAUUUUGAAGGAAAGAAAUUCCACAACAGGUGACUACCUCAUGAAGCUGGUUGACAGAAUGCUUGAGUAUGCAAAGCUGUCAAGGCAAAGGGUGGCUACUUUGAAGAAUAUAAAAUAUAUUUCAAUUUGUUUAACACUUUUUUGGUUACUACAUGAUUCCAUAUGUGUUAUUUAAUCGUUUUGAUGUCUUCACUAAAAUUAUGUAGAAAAUAGUAAAAAAUAAAGACAAACCCUUGAAUGAGUAGGUGUGUCCAAACUUUUGACUGGUACUAUAUUUAUAUAUAUUUUUUAAUUGCCUGUUUUUGGCAUUAGUCCAUGUCACAUAUCAAUUUGCCAACAAUGUAAAAUAUGUUUAGUGAGUUAAUAAAGCCACAUACAAACAUUUCUCGAUUAAGGCAGCUCCAAAAUGUUUCAGUCUAACUCAGUGCUUUCUGUGGUGGAGGGGCAGCUGCGGAAUACAGAGAGUGUAGGUGUUGGUAAUCUUCUUUAGUUGCGCCGUGAUUGGCUCAGUGUUCCGUCACUCAUGGGGACACUACGUCACCGCAGAAUCUUCAGGGAGAGUUAGGCAGUUUAAGCCCCCUUGGGUGUUGACAUAGAUUUACAUUAGAAGUCCCCAUCCAAGAAGGCACAAGGUCAUUGGCCACAGGUAAAAUGAUGUCAAAUCAUGUUAUGUCUACCGUAGCUUUGAUUGGACUGAUGAAUGCACUAACUGUAAGUCGCUCUGGAUAAGAGCAUCUGCUAAAUGACUCAAAUGAAAAUGUGAAUGUAGGACAGAGUUCCUGCAUUGUGGUCCAGAUACACCCCUAUUCUGGAGGACUAAUGGCCAGACACUACAGUCUUUAUAUUGCUGUGUCUGAACCAGUAACUCUGCUUAUUGCACUCUAAACUCGAGGACUUGUCAUUGUUUCCCAAUCCAGAGUCUUUACUUGACCUGCUGAUGUCUUGAGACUGAUGGAAGAACACCUUUCCCACUCCACUCAACCUCCCAGUAAUGUCCAGACAGAGUCUCUCACACAGCACCUGCCGGGCCAAAACAAAUCUCUCUGGUUGAUUAGCUGUUCUUGCUGUUCAGCAGUCACUUUGUUCAGCCCUCACUGAGAGGUUUUUGAAUACUGUGUUUGAGUCCAAAGUGAGCUGGCAGAAAUCAGGAAGAAGAGAAGGUCAAAGUUCUAAAGUUGUAAAGGGCAAAGUUGCAGAUACCCUGCCUUUGAAUCAGUGGAGAGAAAUUGCAGUUAGCUAGAAACUGUCUUUCCAAAUAAAACUAAAUGUGCAACCAAAAAUGGUUUUGUAUGACCUGAAAGGGUUCUGGGACAUUUCAGUGGGCCUUAUAGAUGAUUCCAAAGAAACACAUUCCAGCCCUCUUUUAUUAACCAAAGGCAUUUCCAGUUCAAUAAUAGGGUAGUAGUCUGUCACCUUGAUAUAAUAUUCAGACAACAAUGAAAAAAUAUGACGUAUUUCUUCUUAAUCCCGCGGUGAAGCACUGGGGUUUCGUUUCGAUUUAGGCUACUCCCACUCAUCACUGUGUCGAAAGUCAGCAGGCUACACAGUAUUUCAUAAUCAGGGCUCUCUCUUAUCAUGUUAUUACAACGUCAGCAAACAUAUUUUCGAUGCAAAGUCCACGUGUAGCCUACAGUAAGACUACAAUAACAUUUCAUCAUCAGUGAUGUUGUCAUGCAUUUUCGAUCUGCUUCAAAUGAUAUUCAUGAUGUCACACAGCCUGAGGCUCAAAUCAACGUGUAUUUGUCAUGUGCGCCGAAUUCAACAGGUAAAAAAGGUAUUAGGUGAACAAUAGGUAAGUAAAGAAAUAAAACGACAGUGAAAAAUAAACAUACAAUGCAAAUAGUCCGGGUAGCCAUUUGAUUACCUGUUUGAGUACCUGUUCAGGAGUCUUAUGGCUUGGGGGUAAAAACUAUUGAGAAGCCUUUUUGUCCUAGACUUGGCACUCCGGUACUGCUUGCCAUGCGGUAGUAGAGAGAACAGUCUGACUGGUGUAGCUGGUUCUAUUAAGUCAAAAAGAAAAAUAGGCCUACGUUUUUUAAAAAUUGAUAACAUUAUGGGCUUAAUAUAAAUAAGAUAUUUUUGUUCAAUGGCAAACAUUAAAGUAGCCCAAUUUCGAUUGCUACUAAAUGAAAUAAAACAAAUCAGAUUGAAUAGCCUACAUUAAUAUUUACAGAAAAUGACUCGAAAAAAUACAUGGAAACGAAGCCUACAGAAAAUUACAAACAAUUGCAAUUUAUAGCCUCAGCUCAAGCCAUGCAAAUCGGAAAAAGUGUCUCAAACAUGUUUAGAUGCGUCCUAUUCAACGCUGGCUUGGUAUGACAUUUACAGUAGCCUAUUCGAUGUGUGUGAAUAUUGCUAAAAACAAUACAUUGACUUUCCGAACACCUGUAAAACAUAAACGAAUAUAAAUGUCGUGGUAAAUAUGUGAUCUUAAUUGUUUUCCAACCGUCGCAGGUACGGAAAGUGAAACAGGUAUUGGCUUCACCCUAUUCGUUUUGAGAAACUAUAAAGGUCGCAUUCCUACAGGUAAGAUGGUAUACCCAAACAUUAGUAACAAGACCGUGACAUUUGACAUAGCUAAGCCUGUUUUGUAUUACAAAGAUAUACUUUUUUUGCUCCGCGUCUCGUUUUCAUUACCAACAUGCAUAGGCCUACGAAGUCUUUGCUUAUUUGUUUGUUGCUAACCCUGUGCAAUGGUUUCUCGGUGGGCUGCAGAUGGAUGGACGAUCACAAAUUCCUACAACACAGUGAGACCUUAAUGAACGUACUCAAUAUUAUGGGUGGGGAGUUUACUACAGACAGUGUGGACAUACCUUUCCCAGAGGACCUGUACGAGCAAGCUGAAUAUUUACCAACUGAUGACACAAUUUGGUUCAUCCUCCAAACCCUUGACAAGAUCGCUGAGCUGUUUGAUGGAAAACUAGACUCUGUCUGGGACGAGAAGAAAGUGGAGAUCUUCCUCAAUGUUCUCACCAGUCAGUCUGAUGGCCUUCAGUCAUGUGUUAGGGCCCAGAAAAAAAAUAGCAAGAAUCUGCAAAUGUACUUCAAGAGGCUGAACAACCACGUCCUUAAAAGAAUGGCAUACAGUGCUCAUGCAUGGGAGCUGGUCAGGAAAGAGGUUAGGACACAUCUGAGGAGGCUGGUUCUUCUGGGUUCAGCUACAGAAAACAGCAUCUAAACUCAGCAACGCAAUAAUUAUCGUCAAGUAUGAGUGACGUCAUGUAUUUCGCCUGUUUCUUUGUAUUUUUUAUGAUAUGUUUAUUGAUUCCACAUGGAAAUGUUUUUUUUAUUAUUUGGUUUUAAAUCUAUUUAUUUAUUAACUUUUAUUUAUUCUGUUGCUGGAUACAUUUUUAUACACAAAAUUACUGUAGAUGUAUGCUUUUACCUGCUACUUCAUUAAAUGCAUUUUUGACUACA